AUGGACCCUGCACCGAGCUCUGUGACCUUUGAGGACGUGGCUGUGUACUUUUCCCAGGAGGAGUGGAGGUUUCUUAACAAGGCUCAGAGACACUUGUACCGCGAUGUGAUGCUGGAGGUCUUUGCGCUUGUUUCCUCACUGGGUGGCGGCCGGGGAGCACUGGAGGCGGCGGCACCCUCUGAGCAGAACAUGUCUGGAGGAGGGUCACAGAAGGCCUACACCCAGGACUGUAGCCUGGACUCAGAAGGUGAUUUGCAGCCAGCUGAGAUGCUGGGUACAAACCCUGGCCAGACCGCCUGUGGGAUGCAGGGGGAAGUUCACCAGCAUCCAAAGCAGCACAGUGGGGGGCAGCCCCUUGGAAGGAACGUGCAAAGGUGUGCCACCCACACGUCAGGGAAGCCCUUCCCUGCUAGCUCAGGCCUUCUCCAACACCAGCUCCUUCACAGCCAGGAGACACCCCCUAAGGCCACCGACUGCAUGGAGUCUUUUGACAGUGGACAAAAGGACUACCAGUGCAGUGACUGCGGGAAAGCGUUCUGUCGCAAAUACAGACUUGCUCAGCACCGGAGGGUGCACACCGGAGAGCGGCCUUACGAGUGUGCUGAGUGUGGGAAAACCUUCAGCUACAAACACAUACUUGUCCAGCACCAGAGAGUGCACACCGGGGAGCGGCCUUACGAGUGCAGCGAGUGCGGCAAAGCCUUCAGUAACAAACCCACGCUGGUGCGCCACCAGAGGAUUCACACUGGAGAGCGGCCUUAUGAAUGCAGCCACUGUGGGAAGUUCUUCAGCCAGAGCUCCAGCCUUAGUGAACACGAGAGAAUUCACACUGGGGCGCGGCCUUACAAAUGUGGGGAGUGUGGAAAAUUCUUCACCUCCAACUCCAACCUAAUUAAACACCGGAGAGUGCACACGGGAACAAGGCCUUAUGAGUGCAGUGAGUGUGGGAAAUUCUUCAACCAAAGUCCCAGCCUCAUCAAGCACCAGAGAAUUCACACUGGUGAAAAGCCUUAUGAAUGUAGUGACUGUGGGAAACUCUUCAGCCAAAGCUCCACCCUCAUCAAGCACCAGAGAGUUCACAGUGGAGUAAGACCUUACAAGUGCAGCGACUGUGGGAAACUCUUCAGCCAAAGUUUUGGCCUCACUCAACACCAGAGAGUUCAUAGCGCAGAAAAACCCUAUGAGUGCAGUGGAGGCGGACAAUUCUCUAGCUCGAGCACACAACUAACUCAGCACUGCAAAGUUCACACGGCAGAAAGUCGUGAGUGCGGCAGCUGUGACGAAGUCUUCAGCCACAAGUCUGCUCUGAUGCACCACCAGCAAGUGCACAGCCCAGCCCACCCUUUCCAGUGCACCGAAUGUGGCAAAGCCUUCGGCCGGAGGUCUAACCUCAUUCAACACCACAAAGUUCAUCUAGGAGAAAGGCCUUACAACGCAGGUGGAGAAUGA